UCUCACUUCCCUUGACCUAGCUCCUUUCUUUACGGCCGCUUUCCUUUACGGCAAGGUUUGCGACAUCUGUCCCGGGCAGCCGGCGAGGCUUGCCAGAGGUUAGCGGGGAUCGGCCCCACUAGCAAUGACGGUUGCUCUUUGAAUGCUCAACUGACUGAGGAAAGGGGUCCCGUGCUGGGGCCGCGCGGCCCCGCAGGCCCCAACCUCCCCCUGAGGCCAGGCCCGGCUAUGCAGCUCACUGUGUACUGCGUGCGGAGGGACUCCACGGAGGUGACCUUCUCCCUUCAGGUCGACCGGGAAUUUGAGCUCUACAACUUCCGGGUGCUCUGUGAGGUGGAGUCCGGCAUCCCUGCCGGGGAGGCGCAGAUUGUCUUUGCAGAGAGCCCUCUGGAAGACAACCAUCGAUCCUUGGCGUCCUACGGCCUGAAAGACGGUGAUGUGGUGAUUUUAAGGCAGCUGCAGAACGUCGAGCCGGGCGCCUCCGAUGAAUUCACGGGGAUAGACUUCAGCAGCAUAGCCGUGCCUAGCACGUCGUCCUCCCAGCACCUGCAAGCCGCACAGUCCGCGGAGAGCUUCGCGGAAAUGGUUUCGACUCCCCAGGUCACGGACAACCCUGCCGUGCUCCGAGAUAUGUUCCUUUCCAAUCCCCAUGAGUUGGCUCUGCUCAGGGAGCGCAACCCAACUCUGGCCGAAGCCCUGCUCAGCGGGGACCUUGAGGAAUUUACUAGGGUUUUGAUAGAGCAACAAGAAGACCAAGCAAUGAGAGAUGAGGAGACGUUUCGCCUCUUUGUCGCCGACCCCUUUGAUCUUGAAGCACAGGCCAAGAUAGAAGAAGCCAUCAGGCAACAAAACAUUGAGGAAAACAUGUCCAUUGCAAUGGAAGAGGCCCCUGAGAGCUUUGGCCAAGUAGUGAUGCUAUAUAUUAACUGCAAAGUGAAUGGACAUCCUGUGAAAGCCUUCGUUGACACAGGGGCUCAGAUGACUAUCAUGAGCCAGGCUUGUGCAGUGCGGUGUAAUAUAUUGAGACUUGUGGACCAGCGGUGGGCAGGGAUUGCUAAAGGUGUGGGAACUCAGAAGAUAAUUGGUAGGGUACAUUUAGCUCAGGUUCAGAUUGAAGGAGAUUUUCUGGCAUGUUCUUUUUCUAUAAUAGAGGAGCAACCUAUGGAUAUGCUUUUGGGCCUGGAUAUGCUUAAGCGACAUCAGUGUAAUAUUGACCUCAAGAAAAAUGUCCUUGUAAUUGGUACAACAGGCACACAUACAGCCUUUCUUCCAGAGAGGGAACUGCCAGAAUGUGCAAGGUUGGUAUAUGAUCCAGGUCAAGAUGAUCUGCGAUUGGAGGAGAAGCUCUACAAAAAGCUCUAGAAGAUUCAGAAUGUCAGAAUUCAUGAUGCAUAUAGUAUAUGUGUGUUGUAUUUGGGAUGGUUUAUAGAUUAGAGAAGAAUGAUAAAGAAAUGACCUCAUAGAUAGUAUUAUCGAUAUUAACUUUUAGGUGGUUCUAGCAAUUCAGUCCAUUUUUAAGGACUAUUUUGAGAUCAGUAAAACUCUAAAUCUUUAUCACUCUGUCUCUCUGUCAUAGCUUCAGACUGCUCAUACAAAUCGGCCUACAAGAGCCUGUUGAAGGUAAUACUGUGAAGACUUUUAGAGCGUCAGCUGACUUCCAGAUAACUUGUGAAUAGAGGGGAUAUUCCCUUCUCUUACUGGACUUUUAUGUUCUCAUUUCUGCCAGAGAGCCUUGUCAGACAAGACAGCAACCAAGUUUUGUGCUAUCAUUUUGGGUAAUUCGAUGGGGAAAUGUACAGCUAUUGUUUUGUAUAAUUCAUUGGGGGAGAAAGAAAUAGAAAGUUGAAGAUAGCUUAAAAUCUCUCCUGUUAAGAUAAACACCUAUUACAUUGAAGUUUAUCUUAUUAAAGAAUAGAAAGCUAAUUUGUUGCAGCUUUCCAGAUUUACAAUUCAUAGAUAUUUCUAGGUGAAAAGAGGGGGUGUUCAGAAUAUCAGGAUCUGAGUUAAGCAAAUGGCUUUCAUGAACAUGAAUGAACAUGCAACCCAAGAUUAAAUGAUAGAAUGAACCAGUUGACCUAUAGUAAACUAGUCAUGCUGAACUUGGAGCUUUCUGCUAGAAUAUGGCAGAGCUGUUCUGCCCAAUAAAAUAAAAUGUAGUAAGACAAACAAACAAAUGCAAUACAUUGCAAAUAAAGGAAAGGGAGCCCUUCCAUUUACAGGAGAAAAAAAAAAUUCCACUCCCAGCAUCUAUUGAGAACUCAUCUGCAGAAACACCUGUGGCAAUAGAUAUAGGCAAACAUUAUGUAGUUAUCAUGCAUAAUGAAGCAAUUAGAAUGCCAAUAUUAAAAAUACUGGUGUGGAUGACUUCAGUGUAGAUAAUCCUUUGAUAGAGGUAGAGGUAAUACAACAUAAUUUCCAAUCUCUAAUUUUGGAUAAUCCUCUUUUUACUGAUGAUUUAUCACUCUCCAGAAAGAAAUGUUGAAAUGUAAAGAAUAGGUAAACUGCCACAUUUAUUGCUCCUCAUUAAAUAUUUAAUGAUUGACUUUAUGUAUUCAACAGCUCUCUGUGCAUCCGUUAUCUGCAGAGAUAUCUUGUUUAUUUGUAACUACUCUGAAGGAACUUCAUGAAUUUCUGUUCUUCAUUUGUAAAUAUUAAAGAAGUCAUAUCUGAAGAAACCAUCUGUCAUUAGAAAAUUAUAAUAGUUUAAGACUACAUUCUCAAUGAGGAGCUUUCUGAAAAAAGAAAUCUAAAGGCAACAAAAUAGGACAUGUGCGUUGGUCAGAAUUCAAAAAAUCUUUGUGAUAUCUGUACCAAUGACAGUUUAACAACUAUAUCACUGAUUCCUGGAAUGGAAACUGUUAACACUAAAGGUUUAUUAUAGAGCCUAACUGCUUUAGAAGUCCAGAAGUUAACAGUAUCCAGUAAUUUACAGCUAAUCUGUAUUGCUAAACUUGGCUGAAAUAUUAAAUUAGCUACUAAACUGCAACUGAGUUGCAGUCUUUUCAUACCAAGUUAAAUCCAUUGAUUGUCCUCAAUCAAGAUAGUCAAACACUAUUUACAGGACUGCCUAAAAGCAGGAAAUCCUGUAUCCUGAAGCUUUGAUUCUCCUUCAUAGAUUAGAGAACCUCUCUGUUCUUUCAUUGAUUUUCAUGCUACAACAAUGACUAAAGUCAUUGUCAUACUUCUUGGAAUUUUCAUUGAGUUUGCAAAUAUAAACCUUUUUUUUUUUCUCUCAUUUUGUAAACAAAGAACAUCAUAGGUCCUAAAUAACAGUGGAAAAGAUGAAUUUGAAUUGUCCUCAUUCCUUUGACAAAUAUAUCUGAAGUAUGUGUAUAAAGGGGUGUGUGUGUGUGUGUGUGUGUGUGUGUGUGUGUGUAUCUGCAAAUAAAAUGUUGAGAUAGAAUUUUUAAAAGCUUUUGCAAAAAAUUUGGCCAGAAUAAUUUGUGAUCUCUUGAAUUUGUCUAUUCCAUUUGAUUUUUAAAAAGUGUGGAGUGGAAUGGGGUGUGGGAGAAGAGACUUAAUACUGCAUGCAAAAAGAGAACUUUUCUCAUUAAGAUGAUGCAUUCUGGAAUAAAAUGGAUAUUUUUACCUUUAAAAUGAAGAAAAUUCUCCUGAAAUUAUAAUUAUUGGUAGACUAAUUUUGUAUACACUUAAUGCCUGUUAUGUUCUUGGACUGUUAUCUAAUAAAAUAUAGCAUACAUUCAUACCAGCAGCUCAGUAUAAAACAGAUGAGAUAUAUUCCUUUUGUUAUACUGAUAGAUGAGAUAUAUUCCUUUUGUUUUAUUGAUUAUUAAGAAGAGGAAGAGGCAGAAUAAUAAUCAGAUGGGUUUUGAUGCUAUAGUAUAUUUUUCCAAAGACAAAAUAAGGGAUUUGGAAAUAAAUUUCUGUUAUAGAAGCAGCCUAUUUGUUAAUUUCUCCUUCAACAUUUAAACACCUUCUAUGCACUUACCAAUAAAUGAAGUCAUUCCUGCCUUGAAGCAACUCACAUUCUAUUAGGAGAAAAAGCAUAUAUUAUAAAUACAUACAAAAUAAAUCCAUUUUUUUUUUGGUUUGGUUUUUGUUUUCUGGGUGUGAAACACUAGCAUCUGAGAACAGGAAAAAUUUUCUUUAAAAAGUGUUGCAGUAGUUUCUGAUAGUUUGAGCAAAUAUACAAAUAUAAAUUUACCUCUCGUUAAAAACUAUCAAUAUUGCUUUUGCUUUGCAAAGACUAAUGAAACAAAA